AGAGCAUUUAUCGAAAUUUGCCACAGGAUAAGGUACUGUGCAAUAUGGCACCACUUAGAUAUUGUGUUACAAUUCUGGUGCUUUUGAUUACUGCCGCUUCUGCUGGCAUAUCUCCUGUUCACGAUCUUAAAGCUAAACUUGAUUCAAAGGUUGCCGGAGAGUCGUUCCUGCUUAACUCCCCUCACAAAGCUCUUAAGCACUUGGACAAUUCAAUAUUAAAAGCAACAAAAAAUGUGACGCAAAACCCUCAGAUGGAAGACAAAUUGUAUCAGAUUUCCAAAGAUCUCGUUUCAGCAAUUUUAUCAAAAUUAGAAGUUCAAGAUAAGAUAACGAGAGUUACGAGAGAGGCCCUUGAAGCCCCAGGGAAAAGUAAGGGCAUCACAGCCAUUGAAACUCGAAGGAUAUUAGAUUACAUAUCACGGACUUUAUCAGGAAAUAUUCUUAGUGUCACGAGAUCUUCAACGGAGCCAGAACUCCAUCGAUUAGUUUAUGGCUUAGCUCAAAUUGCAGCAGAAGUUUCCAUUGUAUCAGCAUUAAAAGACAUUACUUACGCGAGCGCUUUGUCAAAGAAGCAGUCGGUAGAUUUGACAUUGCGUAAAAAAAGAUCAAUCAAAACGGGAGCAGGAAAUAAAGUAGCGCUACCUGUUCCGGUGACUAAUUCUAUUCCGACGAUUUACGAUGCUAUUUUGAAUAAAUCUGCUGAUAUGGUUACACCAUCUCCACCACUUAUGAAUGAUAGUAUAUUAAUACCCCAAUCACCAUUCUCCGUUUUACCCCGUGCUAACUCGUUACAUGUAUUGAACACAAAACCUACUUUAGCCGCUGGUGUAAGAGGAUUUUUAAAUCAAACCGCAUUGGAUAUUGAAAACAAUGAACGAAUAGGCAAUAAUACUGCAGAUCCAAUACUAAUAGAAAAAUCCGUUAAUGGAACUCACGAAUUGGUAAUUGAUGCGCCUACUUACGAAAAUCAAGACGUUCUAGUAGAUGAUUGGCUUGAUCCAAGGGACAAUGUUUACAAACCUACACUAAACGCAGAUGUUGUGGCAGAAAUUAAUUUAGAUCAGCCUGAGUAUGAAGAGGAAAUAAAAAAUGAAAAAAGGGCUAAACUGAAGAUGGAAAAACUUGAAGCAAAGGCUAAGAAAGCAAUUUUGUAUGCAGGCGAUGUAGCGUAUUUGACAGCUGCUAGCGUUGUGGCGAUGCGUCGAGCGUUGACUGCGUCCAUCGAGGUGCAGAUGUCUGUCAAGUACGCUAAGAAUGGAAUGGCGAACCAUCAAGAGCUAAUGAUGAAUCUGGCGAAAACUGCAGCGCAGCAGGCUGGUAAGGAAGCUAAAAGCGCUAGCUCAAAAUCCCUUGCAUGUGAGAGAGUUAUCAAGCUUGCAUUGAAAUAUACUGCUCAGUCGCACGGGGCAAAGUUGAACCAUGUUGCCAAUCGGAUAAUAAUGGAUUCCCUAUCAUUAGCUACGCUAGCCAAGUCGAUGGCGUACGUUUCGUCAGACAUCGCUAUCAAUUCCUUGUAUCAAGCGACGGAUGUUAAACCCCCUUCGUGAAAUGUAUGCCAUAAAGUUUCCCAAUAAACGUUUACAUUAUAGAAUCGUA